CCCACUACCUGUUUUUUUCUCCACGUGAAAAUUAAACCUUCUAUUAUUAUUAAUAUCAACAUAAUAAAAUAGUCUAUGAACAAUUUAAAAUCUAGCUGAAAACCGACUUGUCUUUGUCUGAAAGGGUGCUGAAAGUUUAUGUCUACGUGUACACACCAUGAUGUGUACAGUCAGCUUUUAUAUUUUUGCUGACUAGUCCCCAAAUAUAUGGUUGGUAUAGGCUUAGAGUUGAAGUCACUCCAUGCAUUAAUACGACCAAUUAAACUACGAUCCCUACAAUAUACGUAAAACCAGUUCAUGGUUUGGGAUUUAAGAAACAUGACACGUAUUACAAGACCAAUCCAGCUGGAUCAAUCAUUGUUUUGCUUAGCUGGCUCCUGAUGAUUCAUCUUUACUUCAGUUCUCUUUUAAGUUGGUUAUACGUAUACCGAAAAAAAAUACAACAACUCAACUAGUAGUGUAGCAUAAGACAAAGGAAUGAGUGAAAGGAACAAAAAAGGGUCUUCUCCAUGCAAAAUCAUGCAACAAUGAUAGGAAAGUAUACAAGGCAAGUUUGUUAUUUGCUUUCUAUAGCUACAAUUGUAAUACAUGUCUAAUGUUGAUUAAUUUGUAUUCCUAUCUUUAUGAUUUUAUAGGUGGUCACAGAUAGCGGCUCGUCUGCCAGGGAGGACGGACAACGAGAUUAAGAACUUUUGGAACUCGACCAUCAAGAAGAGAAUAAAGAACAUGUCCUCCUCGGCCACGACGUCGCCCAACACGAGCGACUCGUCGUCCGAGCUGCCGAGCAAAGACAGUGGAGGGCUGGUGGGCGCGGGCGGUUUCAUGUCGCCAAUGUUCAUGGACGUGGUCGUGCCAUCCCUGACGUCGACAAACUCAUCCACCUCGUCAUCGUCCAUGGCUCUGAACGCUGGCAACCACAUGAUCGACUCGUUGCAGAUCCACAUCGACCACCACCAUCAGGGUCUGAUGAACAUGUAUGGUGGUGCGAACGGGUACUUUGGUGGUGUUGGUCAGAAUGAGAUGCCUGCUCUCAGUUUCAGAGGGGAUCGGAUGAUCGGUUCGUAUGGGUUAGGGCAAGGGGGGAUGUUUGCAGGAGGAGGACUUGGUAGUGGGAUGGAUAAGGAGCUUCAAGUCCCACCAUUGGAGAGCAUAAGCAUGGAGGAGAAUAAUGGUCCCAAUAACAACAUAGUCAUAAGUAGCAACUUGAACAAUAAGUACCCUUUUGUGAAUAGUAACAACAUUAAGGGGGAGAGUAACCACCACAACAACAAUAAUCAUCAUCAUAGUAACAACUUGGGAGGAGGAGGGGUGGAUAACACUAAUAAUCUUGGCAACUUUUGGCAAGGAGAAGACCAACUCAAAGUUGGGGAGUGGGAUUUCGAGGAGCUCAUGAAAGAUGUUUCCUCCUUCCCCUUUCUUGACUUCCAAGUCGAAUAGUACAUCAAAAUAAGCAAGAAGAACAAGAAGAAGAAGACAAAGACCAGCUUAAGGUUGGGUGGGGCGGCUUGUAGAGUAUCCACGUACAAUUCCUUUCGAAUCACAAUUGUUUUUUUUUCUUCUUCUCUCGAUGUAUACAUAUAUUCUUAAUCGUCUCUUGUCUUUCUCUAGAAAUAUAGGAAAAGAGGCAAAGUUUUCUUUCUUUCUUUCUUGUGUAUAGUUGAGUCGUCAGAAGAUGAAAGUAAGUACUUGAUACCAAACUUUUGUUAAGGUUGUAAUAAUGAUGGCGAUGGAGGUAGCACAAUGUUGUUGGUGACAUGGUACAUAAUCUUCAACGUUUGUGUUGUUGGUAGAAGAAUCUUGGAUGGAGAUUUGUGAAGACUUCCUGGGGGAGAGAAUAAUUAGGUUGGUUAUUGUUAGGUUCAUAUAAAGAUGUAUCAUGUGGAAAAUCAUAUGUACAAAACGUGACAAUUUUACUAUAUUGUCACGUUGUAUACUAUUGCAUUUCGAUAUUCUUUAGUUUUGUGUUUGGAUUGUAUGGUUUUAGCGAUUCGAAUGAAUCUUAAAUUAUAACACAAGAAGCUAACAAAAUUUUGCUUCUGAUGUGCUAACAUUGACAAAGAUAAGAUCAUUAUGGAUAAGCUUAUAUUGAUGCAAGCAGAUAACCAACCCGUAACAACAUAACUAAUAUAAUAAGUAUAUAUAAUUCGGGUAUAGACUAUAGUUCGAAAGAGCAUAACAAAAACCUCAAGAGAAUAAUAAAAAAAAUAUCUUAUUACCUAUCACAUAGCCAACAAAACACCUUCAAAGUAUCAUAGCUAUAGCUAUUGUACCUCAAAGGUGAAAAACACGGAAUUUGUCUAGUAGUAUUAUUGCCGAUUUACAAUUUUGGGGUCCUAGUAAUAUUCAGGAAGUGUUAAUUCCUUUUUACUGAGGUAAACAUUGAAUCAAAUGACCAUUUGAUGAGGUGAAAUGAGGGUGAAAAGAUGUGGCCACUUGAGGGACAACACGCAAGUCAUCCAUAAUUAGUCAUUGCGCAUUUUUGUCACCUUGCUUUAAUUGCAAAUAAUUAGUGCAUCCCCUUCUCACUCAUUCUCUCUCCAUGCAAUGUUCAUUAUGUUAAUUAAUGGUCUUUAAUUACUUUCGUCAGUUAGUUAGGGUAGCUAAAAUGUCUACAAAUGAUGAUCAUGAUUACGAUUAUUAGUUAUAACCAUCUCUUCAUUCAUAGCUACACCCUUUCAUUCUUUUGACUUUUUACUUGCUAUAACUAUAUCUAAACGUAUAAUAGUUUAAAGUCAAGUUGAGUGAGAGCAGGGAUAGGAAUGAAGGCAGGAUUCCGAAUGAGCACGGUCUACAAAAAAAAACCCACAUACAUCAACUUUCGAGAAUUGAAGAGAAGGUAUCAAAUAGUUGGGUGAUCAAAAGAAGCUGGGAGAGAGAAGAGUGGGAAGCAAGGUUGUCAACUAGCGGGACGACUCUCGGGUCGACGCACUUUGACUCUGACCCGAUGAGAAAAACGGGUCGCACGCACCCGUCGGGUCGACCGUUAUAAGGUAUCGGGUUGUAUGUCAAAUUGUGUCAUUUUUUUUGGUUUGCGAAAUGCGCCUGUUUUUCGAUUUUUCUUUUCACCUAACUCAAUCUUUGGAAUCCUUAGUUGAACAUUUGAAUAUUGAUGUUGUAUAAGUGUGUGUGAAUUUUUACUAUAUGUUGGAUCUAAGUACGACAUGUUACUUUGGUGUGAUGUUAUAUGUUAUUACUUAUAUGUUAGAUGAGAUUUGAUAUAAUUUAUCAGGAUAAGUGCAAUAUAAUGACUCUUUUCAU